AGAUUAUUAUUUAUUUAAAUCAUUUCUGACAUAUAGAUAAUUUGAAUAUUGAGAACAGUCAACAGUGUGAUGGUGAUCAAACUCCAACUAAUAAUAAUGAUGACAAUGACGGUAACAGUGGUGAUAAUCAUAGUGAUAAUAAUGAUAAUCUAUUAUCGACUUUACUUUUUAUACCACACCGAUCAAUUAAUAAUCCAUCACCGAACACGAUAUUAUCCUGUUCUGAAAACUCUUGUCUUUUAUCUGAAAUAUUGAAUACAAAUAAUACUACUGAACCACAAAACAACAACUUUACCGAUCAAACAACCGAAUCUGAUAAGCAACUUCGAAACGAAUGUUUACCACUAGUUGAUGAUAUUAUCAAGCAACUAACAAACAUGCUUGAUUAUGAUCCCCUAAAUGUUGAACAAUCAAGCAAGUCUACUUUGUAA